CAAAAUUUAAAGAGGAGAGAGAAAAGGCCAGCGCUGCCACAGAGUAACCCACGUUUACUGAACAGGUCGUGUGAAAACCUGGACACAAUGGCUCAGUUUGGGUUUGAGAACGACAUCCACAGCAUCCUGAAGCUGGAUAUGCCCAUCACAAACGCUCCCAUGGCGAGGUGGCAGAGAAAGGCCAGCUCAUCUAACACAUCCGCCCUGAGCGGGUUGUCGCCCGGCAAAUCGACCAAUGUGUCGCUGAGCUCAUCAAAAACACCGAGCAAAACGCCAGGUAAAAAUAAAAAACAAACGCCCUCUAAGAUGGGGGGUGACCGCUUCAUUCCCACCAGAAACAGCAAACAAAUGGAUGUGGCAAGCUUCCUGCUCACAAAGGAGAAUGAGCCUGUGGACACAAAUAAUACAGCAGGGGCAUCAGAAAGCCAGAAAGCCUGGUCUAUGUCACUAAAUGGAUACAACAUUGAAGAUGCGAAGAUCCUGCACCUUGGAGGACAGCCACUGAAUGCACCAGAAGGCUAUCAAAACAACUUGAAAGUCCUCUACAGUCAGGCUACAACUCCUGCCUCUGUCAAAAAGACAAGAUACAUUUCUUCAACUCCUGACAGAAUCUUGGACGCUCCUGAACUUAGAAAUGAUUUUUAUUUGAAUCUGCUUGACUGGAGCAGUCGCAAUGUUCUCGCUGUGGCGCUUCAUAACAGUGUUUACCUGUGGGAUGCCAGUCGAGGAGACAUCACCCUUCUCAUGAAGCUGGAGCGUGAGGAAGACUACAUCUGCUCACUGUCCUGGACCAAAGAGGGAAGCUACCUAGCUAUCGGCACCAGUGACUGCAAAGUCCAGUUGUGGGAUGUUGAAAACCAGAAGCGUUUACGCAGCAUGGGAAGCCAUACUGCUCGAAUUGGUAGCCUGAGCUGGAAUGACCAUCUUCUUUCCAGUGGCUCGAGAUCAGGGCACAUCCACCAUCAUGAUGUCAGGGUUGCAGAGCAUCACAUCUCCACGAUCACUGGUCACUCACAGGAGGUGUGUGGGCUAAAGUGGUCCCCUGACGGGCGAUACCUGGCCAGUGGAGGCAAUGACAACUUGGUGUGCGUAUGGCCCCGUGUUCAGGAGGGCAGUGGCAGCAACAGCAACCAGUCAGUUCGCUGCUGGAGUGAACAUCAAGGAGCUGUCAAGGCUUUGGCCUGGUGCCCUUGGCAGCCAAAUAUUCUCGCAUCUGGAGGUGGUACCAGUGACCGUCACAUCCGCAUCUGGAAUGUGAACAGUGGCUCCUGCAUAAGUUCCCUUGACACUCAGUCCCAGAUCUCAUCUCUAGUGUUUGCACCCAACUACAAGGAGCUGGUCUCUGCACAUGGCUAUGCCCACAACAAUGUCGUCAUCUGGAAGUACCCCUCUCUCACCAGAGUUGCAGAGCUCAACGGCCACGAAGACCGGGUUCUCAGUUUGACUCUGAGCCCAGACUUCUCUUCCAUUGCGACUGUUGCUGGAGACGAGACUAUUCGUCUGUGGAAGAGCUUCGAAGUGGAUCCCAUUAAGAAGAAGGCCAAAGAAAGGGUCAAAUCAACUAGCAGUGUCAUUAAUCAGUCGAUCCGAUAAUCUGUCUUGACAUUUGAGGUUUUUUUUGAUCUAUGAUGAAUGAAUUAUGUGAAAAUGUUUUAUUUAAUCCACAAUAAAGAUUUACGCCCAGUGUCUUAGCCUUAACUGGCAACCACUCCUGUUGGUAGUGUAAUGGGUUGUUAGUCUCACUUGUUUGUACAGGUCUAAAGUACAAGUGAGUGUUUGCUUUUAAGCAGUGAUGGUUUUAGUGCAUUUAUGACCAUGUCUUUUAUUAUCUGAUCAAUGCAUUGUAUACACAGGACUGGGUUAUAAAUAAAUGGUUUGUUUACCA